ACAGCGCAUUACGUGACGUCAUGGGGCUCUCCCGAAGCGUCCCUCAUUUGCAUUCCUAUGCCGUUACAAACGAUGACGACAAAAACAAACGAAUCUGACAAAAACAAAGCGAAUGGCAAGAGUUGCGUACAGCGCUAAAGGCAUGUCUCAAAGAACGCUUCCUCUGCUUAUAAUAAACCUCGGCGGAGAAAUGCUUUAUAUUUUGGAUCAGCGCCUUCGAGCGCAGGAUGAUAAAACUCAGAGAGGUUGUUGGACAGAGGGUGACAGAAAAAGAGUUAUGAAUGAUAUCGCGGCCACUUUGUUCAGUAAGAUGUUUCUAGAGGAGAUUCUAAAGCCUCAGGAUGUGUUCACUCAUCGAGCCCUGCGGACAGUUCUGACACGGAUCGCACACGCCUCCAUCAUGCGUCUAAACCCAGCCAGCAUGGACAAGUUGUAUGAUUUGAUGACUAUGGCCUUCAAGUACCAGAUCGUUUUGUGUCCACGUCCACGCGAUCUACUGCUCAUCACCUUUAACCACACUGACAGCAUUAAAGGUCUAGUAAGAGACAGUCACAACCUGGUAAACCAGAUCAACGAAGCCCAGCGGCAACUUAUAGAGCUGUACACACCCUUAUCCGACGGGGAGUUUCAACUCAUCCGACACACGCUGCUGGUCCUCUUUCAAGAUAUGCAAACCAGGGUGUCAAUUUUCUUACAAGAAAAAAUCCAGAACCCGAACGGACGCUUUGUGCUGUCGACCUCGGGGCCAGUGCCUUAUGGAUAUGAGGUUCCUGGAUCAAUUAGGUGGUUUACUAAAGGUCAAGAGGUGAGGAGAACAGUGUUUCCCAGGGGAGAAAAUUACACACGAGCUUUACACGACGCCUCAUUCGACCUCUCUGGAGACAGAGUCACACGCUUGGGCACCAACAUGUACAGCGAAGCCUCACCUGAAGACUCACAAGCUUCAGACACUUCCAACAGUACCAGGAAACAAAAGCAGGUGGAGUAUGCUCCUAACCUUCUGGCCACAGAGGAACUGAAUUUGCUGGCUAAACUAAUGGGUGGGAUGGAGGUGCAGAAGCUCUCGCAUGCGGAUGCUGGUUUCAAAGUGAACCUGUUGACCUUAGAGCAGGAGGAUGAGGGGAUCUGUGUUUUGGAAGGGGCGGAACAACAGUCACCCAAAGUCAUCAACAUACAGGCCAUACAGGAUCAGUUAGUCAGUACUGAGCUGGCCCGUAUUGCAGGGGAGUUUUCUGAAGAUGGACGCCAGACAGAGGGACACUUAAACAAAGGGGAUGACUUAUUGGCCAUGAUGGAUGAUAUCUGAAGGACAUGAAUUGGGUUAUAUAUUUUGUUGUGAAGGUUGGGAAGUGCACACAAUAAAACUACGUAUGCAGGCAGAUUUUAAAUGAAAUUUGAAAUGCUUAUUCACUAUUUAAAGACAUUACAGUGUACAUACAGAAAUAAACCUAAUAUGAUAAAUCGCUGGUGUAAAGAGUGUCAACUUGUCUUUCUGUAUCUAUGAGCGAGCGUGUCGCUAGAGGGCGCGCGAUCGCUUUCAAACUGGUUUGUGCAAGACACAUAAAUGUGUCGCACUUGUCUGU